GACACGCCUUCCCGGAGCGGAACAAAACGGCGCAGAGGCCGGCGCACCCAGCCGCUGCUUCCGAGAGCCUCGCCCGCCCGCCCGAGCCCGCUGCCAGGAUGCCUAACUGGGGAGGAGGCAAGAAGUGUGGGGUGUGCCAGAAGACCGUCUACUUUGCCGAAGAGGUCCAGUGCGAAGGCAGCAGCUUCCACAAAUCCUGCUUCCUGUGCAUGGUCUGCAAGAAAAACCUGGACAGUACCACCGUGGCUGUGCACGGCGAGGAGAUCUACUGCAAGGCCUGCUACGGCAAGAAGUAUGGGCCCAAAGGCUACGGCUACGGCCAGGGCGCAGGCACGCUGAGCACUGACAAGGGGGAGUCGCUGGGCAUUAAGCAUGAGGAGGCCCCUGGCCACAGGCCCACCAGCAACCCCAACGCGUCCAAGUUUGCCCAGAAAAUUGGUGGUUCGGAGCGCUGUCCCCGCUGCAGUCAGGCUGUCUACGCUGCGGAGAAGGUGAUUGGCGCUGGGAAGUCCUGGCACAAGUCCUGCUUCCGGUGUGCCAAGUGUGGCAAGGGCCUCGAGUCAACCACUCUGGCGGACAAGGAUGGCGAGAUUUACUGCAAAGGAUGCUAUGCUAAAAACUUCGGGCCCAAGGGCUUUGGCUUUGGACAAGGAGCUGGGGCCUUGGUCCACUCUGAGUGAUGUCGCCGCUGCCUGCUGCCCCCUGCUGCCCACUCUGUGCUUUGCAUCUCCAUCCCUUGCCCAGCAGCCUGGGAGACCUCAGAUCCCUCAGACCCCUUCUCAGCCCUGACACAUAUCACUAAUGACUCAUACUUGGCCUUCUGGCUCCAGUUGGUUUGUGUGUCCACCUAAGGCCCCAGCACCACCAAGCGGCUCCCCCUGCCUGCCGGGGAUCUGAUGACAUCGCCUUCAGGAGGCCUUGAUGUUUCUGAGUCUAGUAGGACCUGGCCCUCUCCCCCUACCCUGUCUUAGCCUCAUAGGGUGAGUGUCCAUCAUCAACUGGCCAAGACCCCGAGCCACCAUCCUGGAGCCCAGAGGAGCAGCAGCAGCAGCAGACCCCGAGGGGGAGAAAAGUGCCCGGAGGGGGUGGGGGGUAGGAGCAGUAUAUGCUUGAGUGAAUUCCUGCAUGUCUCCGCUGUGGGAAAGAGGGUGGGCUCUUUCCCUCAAGCAGGCCUGGGAGUCCCAGCUCCGGGAGUCCUUAGAAAGAGGGAGAGAAGGUGCACACUGGGUCAUAGGCCAAGGAGCCACUGGCCUCCCCAGGCCCCUUGCCUUUGAGUCUGUGUGAAACUCACGGGGUCCUCCUUCAGGUUGGAGGAGACAACUAGGUUUGAGGUCCCCAAAGUCAGGACGUCACUUGACCCACCCCCUCCCAGGUAUCUAGUUUCAUUACACACUCGCCAUCAGGGGCCCACAUCGUGGGGUAGCUAGAGCUAACCCUAACCCUGGGGUGGGCAACUUCACUCCAACCCUCCACCACCCCGGCCAGCACCCUGUUCCACCCAGGCCUGCUUGUCACUCAGAUGGAGAGGGCAGCAGCCACAGCCUCACCCUUCUCUGAACAUCCCUUCCCUUGGCAUCUAGCCCUUGGAGGCCCUCCUGCCAACCAAGGACCUCACCCCUUCUACUUCACCUGCACCUGCCUUUGGCCAUAUCCCACCCCGAAUCCCUUCAGGCCCAGUUCGGAGCAGCAAGAGGAAGGUAUCAGGGCUGGGAACACCACUUUAAGGAGCUGGUGACUGAAAGGCUGUGGGCAGGGACAGUACUCAAGCUGCCUUCUCUUCUGGUCAAUAAAGCGAAGUAGAAAAGAA